AAAAGCUUUUAGUUUGUUUCCUACUGUUGUAGGCCGAAGGUCACUGAUAUACUCGUAAAUAUUGUAGAGAAAUGACAAAAGUGUUAAUGGCGUUAAAUUGGAUAAAUAGGUAGUGAAAAUUUUUACCAAACUGUUGCCUAAACAAUAUUAUUAGUAAGUGUUUCGAUUUACGCGAGUGUUUUUGAAAGUUGCAUCUCGAAGGUACUCCGUUUUUCGUAAUGCAAGUUGUUUUUACGUAAAAUGAAGCUGAAACAAUUUUUUUGUUAUUUUACAAAUAACACGACACGAAGAUAUACUCAACUUCAUUCGUACUAUUGAAUGAACGGUAAAAUUUUGAAAGGUGUACACCUCGGAUAUGCGACGUUAGGUUUAUAGAUAUAUAUACUAUAUAUCUCAGCAAACAUGACCUAAUGACUGUAUCUUUGAAAAAGAUACUACGGAUAUUAUAAAUGCUUUACUAUGGAUAGUAGAAAUGGCGAUUGUUUCGACCAUGAUACUCUGUUCGGGCAUAUGCCCGCGGAGUCCAGCAUUGAACACGAUUGUUUAAAAGACUACUUAUUAGAGCCUAGCGCCCAUGAUAAAAUUGGUUGUGAUGGAAUUUGUUACCCGACUACGAAAACAACAUUCGCAUCUUCAUUAGAAACGUACGGCUCCUGUAAUAAUGGUAAUAUGAUCAAUUUACCCGUCCGCAAUACGAUGCACGCGACUAGUUAUCUGGACGUGCACAACACGAUGAAUUCGUAUCUACCCGAUUACAACAACGUACCGAACAGCUGCCCUUUACCUAUGCCAGGCAAUCUUGGCGCAAUGGGCCAUUUCAACAACAACAACCAUCCGUCUUGCGGAGACUACCCAAUGCUGGACACCAACUUGACGACGACGUCGGUCUACAACCACGCUCCGAACACCGCUCUCAACCUUCCCAGUACAUUGGCCGAAGGUAAAACGCUGAUCCAGCAGCCAAUCAUGCACGAAACUAGCACUCUGGUCAACAGGACGCUGCCGAGCGCAGAUACUCUUCUGAUGGCACCGAACGCUGCUACCUCGUUUGCCAAUAAAAACCUACCAGACGCUAUACUCAGUCAGUCAGACGCUGCUUACGAAAUGAUGGCCAACACCAACUCGAAUUUCUUAGCGUCGCCUCUGUUCAGUAGCGCCGAAUCUAUAUUACCGUGCAAAGAUUCGGAUCCAUUUUCGCCGAGUAUCUCGUCCAGCGUUUCGUCAAUACCGUCGGUUGAAAUGCCCGAUAAAUCGUCCUACGUGCCGGGCAGUGUAGAUAGUGGCGUCGUCGUCAACGGAUCCAGUUCGUCUCCGUUCAGCACCACCGACUCGAACCGUAACGGCGAAUGUUCCAGUAUCAACGAUAGUCUAAUUAGCCCUCUGACUCAAGGUACCGGUAGCGAGAGAUCUGUCGAAACCACACCGGGUAGCGAAAGCGUCGGUAGCGAGAUGUGCUCGCCCAGAGUAGAUUUCGAAAUGCUGUCGCUCGAGUUGAAUGCCAAAAAUAACGUCAAACUGAAGGAGAAGGAAAAAAGCCACAAGGGUAGGAAACGGAAAAACGAAGCGAAAAAAGAAAAACAAACCAAACCUAAGAAACACCCUGUAAUCGUACCAACAUACCAAAGUCAAAUUUCACCCGGUCAAAACGGUAUCAAAUUAAAAAUAUCGUUAGCCAAUCCGGGACCUAUACCGGUAACGAAGAAACGUAGAAAAAAUAAAAAACAAGUACCCCCGGAAUCGGAACCUGCAGAGCAAAGCGAUUGGGGCUCCAAAAUUCCGGAAAACUUGUUAAGAGAUAUAUUUCACAUGGUCACCGAAAGUGAAGGCUGUUUGCCAUUUCUUGUCAGAGUGUCGCAAGUAUGCAGAUUAUGGAAAGACGUGGCGUUGACACCCGAUCUUUGGUACAAUAUUGAUCUCUCUAAUCGAUGGGUUUCCAAAAACCCGAUUAUAAACGAUUAUAACUUAAGUUGGCUACUGGAACAUCGACUAUCCAAAGUUCAAGAUUUGAAUCUAGGAGGUUGGACGUUCCUUAAUGUUCCUGCAGUAUUAGAAAAAAUAGCCAAAUGUUGUACAGAACUAAGCGGAAUUGGCUUAGCUGGCUGGGAGAAUUUAACCGCCGAUAAUGUCAAAUACCUAGUUUCAAAUUGUCCCAAUCUUCAGAGAAUUAAUCUAUCUGGUGUUAGCUCGAACCAGAGCAGCAAUAAUAAAUCUGGAGUUGCUCUAAGCUCUUUGCUGUUUAUUGCCGAAGAAGUUGGAGAGCGUCUAACGCAGCUGGUCUUAUCUGAUAAUAAACUCGUCGGAAUUCCUCAAUUUAUACAAACCUUAGCUACCCAUUGUCCGAACCUAGAAGUAUUGGAUUUAUCAAACGUUCGAACUUUGACGGCAACUGGGCACAUUCACGUUGAGAAACUACAAGAAGGGUGUCAAAAACUGCGAAUAUUGCGAAUAACCAACAGUCAAGUAUCGCUGACGCCACUUUCGCUUAAAGAACAAAUGGCUUCGCCCGGAUUCCCACACUUGGAAGAGUUGAGCGUAGCCUGCAUGAUGAAUAGCUUGAGUUCCUUGACGCAGCCGUUCGUUGAUGACGAAUCCAUCGAAAGAAUUCUCAAAACGUCGACAAAAUUGAAAUUGCUGGAUGCGCGAAAUUGCUCUAAAGUCACCGAUUCCAGUUUAGUGCGCGUUCCUGCGUGGGAUUUAACUCAUCUGUACCUCUCAGGGAGUUACGUAACAAGAGUGAACGAUUCAGGAUUGGAAUUAAUAGCCCAGAAAUGGAGUCAUAGCUUGAUCGAGGUAGAUUUCGCUUGGAGUACGGUUACAAAAUCUUUAGACGCAGCAGUAACCUCGCUAGCUGAACAGGGAGAAAGUUCGCGUUUGAAGAUUUUAGAUUUGACCGGAUCUUCGAUCAAUCUACCUCCGGUACAAGCGGUGCUGAAAAAAUGUCCGUUACUGGUGUCCCUGAAUUUAUCAUCUUGCCGGGCCUUACCUCGCGGUAUGAAAAGACUCUACGCCGGCAAAACGUUAGAAGAAUUGAAAGCCUCGUUGAACAAACCCUCGGAUGGUGCUUGUAAAAAAGAUACCUCGAAAGACCCAACAGACGCUGGCAGCAGCAAUACUAAAUAAAUACGGUGAAAAACAAAGAGAUCGCGUUUACUUGUAAAGUUUCUUCUCUUCUUUUUCCUUUUCUCGUUUUUUUUCUCUUUCUCUUUCUUUUUCUUUAUAUUUCCUUUUUUUUUCGUGUAUUAUAUUAAAUCUAAGUCACUGAAAAAGAUUUCUCCUCAUUGCCGAGCCCUGUAUUUGUACUCUGCGAAGUCACUGGAAUGUCAGAGAGGAUGUUUUUUUAAAUUUUAAAUUUUAAAUUUGACCAGAUAAUUUUUGCGUGUAAAUCGUUUUUUUUUCUCUUACUUUUUUUUUCUUGUUUUGUUUUGAUUCAUUUUACAUUUUUUUUUAUUUCUUUCUUUUUUUUCUAAGAAUGAUUGCGUGAGCAUUAUUUAAUCGAAUGUGCGUUAGAAUGCGACGACGAAUUGUGUUCAAGAUAGAUGCGCGAGCGAGGUCGUUAUAGAUUUUAAGUAAUAAGCGAUAGAAGGACCCUUCCCUUCCUAAUUCCGUAUAGUUUUCAAUAAAUGCUGAAAAAAUCACGAUUCGAUCGAUUUCGACGGAUCGUAUGAACUAAUUGAUCCGAUAUCGAAGAAUUUUCUUAAACGAGAGCUUGAAUUUUUAAUCUUUUUUUUGUACCAUUUUUAGGUAGUUUUUUUUUAAAACCUCAUUGAGAGCUUAUGGAAAUUUAUAUUUUGUUCUUGUAAUACCAAAGUUUAUUUUCUCAGUAGAGAAGAAAUUUUCGAAAAAAUACUUAGGUCCUUCUAACGUUACUCGUACUGACAAGUUUUUUUUGUUUUACUUUACUUUUUUUUUUUACUAUUUUUAUUUCUUAUUUCGUUUUCCCCUUUUACAAAAUGUUUCCACGAUUCCAUUAUUUUUAUUUUAUUGUUAUUUUUUUCUGUUUUUUUUUCUUUCUUUUCUUUUCGACUUAAUACGAUAUUUUAUUUUUGAGAAUAAUGUGUAUUUGUAUAUAUCAUUUUAAAACAUAUUCUUUACCUAGUCUCCCUGUUAACAAACCUUUUAACUUGUUGUAGGUACAAUUUUUUUUUUCGUUUUCAUUUUUACCAUUAUGUUUUAGUUUUAAUUUUUUUUUCUUUUUAUUUAUUCGGUUUUUUUGAAGUUUUUUUCCACGGAUUGUGUGUAGCUGAAUGACCUUACGCAUUCGGCGGUGUUUUCCUUUCGAAUGUUUUAUAUUUUUGUAAAUUUUUUUUUUUUUAGAUAUUACGCAAGUUUUUUUUUCGACGCUGUAAAUGUGUAGAGCUUAUAUUAAGUUAACUCGUGGUUCACCUGGUUUGCCAGUAGAAGGAAUGUGGUCGAUGAUGCGUGGGAAAGUGAAAAAAAAGGAGAAGGUUAAUUUUUUUAACAUGUUAUUUUGUCGAAAAUCUAGCUUUUUGGCGGAUUUUGUAAUUUUAUUUGAUCGUUCGAUUUAUAAGAUCUGAUUUAUCAGUAUUCGUGUUUGCAAAAAAUGUGAAGCAGGGUGUAGUAUGAUUUUCUGAUUCGGAAAAGUGAUAAUUCGCGUGUAUUUUUACAUCGAGAGAUCGUACACUUUCAUUUUAUUGUUGGCAGAGCUUCGGAAGAUGUUGGAUAAAGUGAAGGUUCGAAUAUUUAUCGUUUUUGAUCAGUUUGCUUUGACUGGAAGGGGCCUUGGCUAGAUUAAAAUGUAGCUUUCCUGUUUAAUAUUUUGUACUGGACCUCUUUUGAGUUUCCUUGCUCGAGGGAGAAAAGAUAGAGUACGAUCAGAUCCGAAAAAUUAUCAAAUCUGCGCAGAUCUGAUCAGACCUGCGUUUAUUGUGCGAAAGAUAAGAUCGAAACAUUUUCCGAGUACAAUUUUGUCUUACCUGCCUAUCAAUAUUAUGUGAAUCUCAGAUUCAAUUAUUUUCUGUGGGAUGGUUGUUGGUAUUUUGAAAAAAAUACAAUUACAAACUCGAAGCUAACUCUUGUAUUAUUUUUUUUUUCUCCUUCAGUAAAGUUGCAAUUUACCGUUCAUCGCAAGGGUAAUUCUUUCAUCUCACGCAGAUUGAAAAUAUUCCUCAACGAACCAUUUUAUUUAUACUCAUACCAAAUAUGUAAUUCGCAAAAACCCAAAGUUUUAAUCACUUACGCUAUAAUUCCGUUGUUAUUAUUUUUUACGAUGUAAUCGAUUUGCAGAGGAAGGAAAAAAGGAUACGUGAGGCACCAAGGUGAACUUAUGUAGUUCUUAAUUGAUAAAUUUUUUUUAUUAAGUUACCAUUUAAUUAUUUGCAUUUAUAAACUAAAAACGACGAAUAUUUUUUCAAAUUUGUAAAUAAUGGCAGAAGCGAUUUUCAAAUUUAUACGAAGCAAAAACAAAGCAUUCGAAGUUGUGAAAAUAUAAAAUGUUAUCGAUGCUGAUGGAGCAUUUGCUGCUGCCUUUGAGCGAAAAAAUAUAACGAUGAAAUUUACUCUGUACCAUGGUUCACUGUUUUAGAUCAGUAUUUUACUUGUACGUGUGUAUGAAAGAAGUGAUACUCAUAAUAUUUAAGAUUUUAUUACCUCGUUUGUGGUAUAUUUUGAUUUAAAUGUCAUCACUUUAUUAUUGUAACAAUACCUGAUGUACUUAUACGUAGCAUCAGAGUCGAACACUCGACAUUUGUUCUGCACCACUAAGAUAUUGUAAAUACCAGCUUGUUAUACGCCAUUUUUCUAAAACAUCGAUUAUUUUUUAUUCUCUAAUUGGCCAAUGAGGUAAUUUGCACAUUCCUGAUACUUAUUUCUCUCUUUUUUUCUUUUUCACACGAUGAACGCACGACGAUUCUAUAUACGAUCAUUGGUCGUUGAUUUACAUUGUACUUACGUCUUGUAAUCUACAUACAAAUACGAAGUAAAAAAAAUAUUCAAAGUGUGCCAAGCGACAGUUGCAGUUCUGUCUCUAAGUAAAAGCUGGUUAAGUUUAAAAAAGUUGAUAUUACAAUUUGAAAUGUUUCAAGAAGCUUCGUGUUUUCAUUUCGGUGACAAAAAGAUUUUCGUGUUUAUUAUUCCUCCUACUCUUCCCCCCCCCCCCUCCUCACUUUCCCUCGGUAGAUUUUUAGAUUUGAAAAAAGAUUGUCACUUGUGUUCAGAAUGUGAACGGUACGAAUUUGUAAAUUUUUAAGUUGUACGAAAGAUUUCAUCUUUUUUUGUUUAUGGGAUCACAUUAUAAAUGAUGCUUCGUUUUUUAAGAAGGAAAGAGAGUGCUCUUCGAAUUACGUUUUAAAAAUUUGUUUCGGUGAUUUUAUUUACACUUCUUUUUCAGUAAUAUCUUAUUAAAUGUUAUUUUAACCUAUUCGAUUUAUUCUUUCCUUUCAUUAAAUAUUUGAAAAAUGUCGAUUCACUAUUUUUAGAAAACAUAAUUUACGCCUUGCGAUUUUCUACUCACGCAACAACACCUCAACACACGUGUAGAGCACUCUCGUGGAUUUUUUGUACUUACUCUGAAAGUAACGAUUUUAUGAAUUUUCGAUUGUUUUAUUUGUUUUUGCUUUUUUAAAAAAAAAUAUAAAUUAUUCACGUAAGAAUUUUAAAAGUUUGAUCUAUUAUUUUUUUUCCUGUUUAUAAAUGCGAUUAUGUAUAUUUUAAAAUGUUUUGUUAAUGCCUUGAUUUUCGUAGUUGGUUUGUUAGUAUUUAGAAAAGCUUUGUAAAUGUUUGUUAUUAAAUUUAACUGAUGAAUUAUUGUUCUUUUAAAAUUGUCAAUCAUCUGUUAUUUUAUAUGUUUUAAAUAGGUUAUUAUUUUAAGCUAAUUUUGUUUUGUACAUAUUUUGUGUAUGAUUUGUAUAAUAAAAUAUUUUGUUAUUUACGA